CUCUUAUUGGUCACAUUUUGCAUCCGUCCACCACAACACGAGUCGUAAUUAUUGCGGCUGCGUUAAAGAGCGAUUAAUCUGUCAUUGGUGAAUAUGGGUUUAGGAUGAAAUGGCCUUCUGACGCACAGAUGUGCCCAUUCGGAUCCAUUAAGACACAUAUAAAGCAACAGGCCUUUCCAAGAGACGUGAACCCUAUACUUGUAUGUUAUUCGACCUCAUAUCCAGCCUCAGUAACGGGAUUAGUCCUUGGGAAUUAAAGGUUCGUGAAGACGCGCCGCAGAACUGCUGGAAGAAGGGUUAUCUGGACCGGAAUAGCGCUGAAUAGACGCCUGGCUCGGGGCAGUGUGCAUCUAGAUGUGUAUGCAUCAACCGCCUCUCUAGCCAGGACGAAGACAGCGCCGCAUCCUUCUCUCUCGCUCGCCCCCCUAACGCGCCGGCAGCAUGGGUAACCGGGGUAUGGAGGACCUCAUCCCGCUGGUCAACAGCCUGCAGGAUGCAUUCAGUAGCAUCGGCCAAGCGUGCAACCUCGACCUGCCGCAGAUCGCGGUUGUCGGAGGGCAGAGCGCCGGGAAAAGCUCCGUGUUGGAGAACUUCGUAGGAAAGGAUUUUCUGCCUCGUGGCUCUGGGAUUGUCACUCGCAGGCCUCUAGUGCUGCAACUUAUCAAUGCUAUCACAGAGUGGGGAGAAUUUCUUCACUGCAAAGGAAAGAAAUUCACAGAUUUCGAUGAGGUGCGCCAGGAGAUUGAGGCGGAAACGGACCGUGUUACCGGAGCCAACAAGGGCAUCUCCCCUGUCCCCAUCAACCUGAGGGUGUAUUCUCCACAUGUGUUGAACCUGACCCUGAUUGACCUGCCCGGCAUCACGAAGGUGCCGGUGGGCGACCAGCCUGCAGACAUCGAGCAGCAGAUCCGGGACAUGAUCAUGCAGUUUAUCACCAGGGAGAGCUGCCUCAUCCUGGCCGUCACACCGGCCAACACUGACCUGGCCAACUCCGACGCCCUCAAGCUUGCCAAAGACGUGGACCCUCAGGGUCUAAGGACGAUCGGCGUGAUUACGAAGCUGGACCUGAUGGACGAGGGAACUGAUGCUCAAGAUGUUCUGGAGAACAAGCUGCUCCCGCUGCGCAGGGGUUAUAUCGGAGUGGUGAACCGCAGUCAGAAGGAUAUUGAAGGAAAGAAGGACAUCAAAGCUGCUUUGGCCGCAGAAAGAAAGUUCUUCCUGACCCAUCCCAGCUACAGGCAUCUGGCUGACAGCAUGGGCACACCCCACCUGCAGAAAACCCUCAAUCAGCAACUGACCAAUCACAUCCGGGACACACUGCCUGCAUUUCGGAGCAAGCUGCAGUCUCAGGUCCUCGCCCUGGACAAGGAGGCGGAGGAAUACCGUCACUUCCGGCCGGACGACCCGUCCCGCAAGACUAAGGCCCUCCUGCAGAUGGUGCAGCAGUUUGCGGUGGACUUUGAGAAACGGAUUGAGGGAUCUGGUGAUCAGGUGGACACUGUUGAGCUAUCAGGAGGAGCCAAAAUCAACCGCAUUUUCCACGAACGCUUCCCUUUUGAGCUGGUUAAGAUGGAGUGUGAUGACAAAGAAAUGCGCCGGGAGAUCAGCUAUGCCAUCAAAAACAUACACGGCAUCAGGACAGGUCUGUUUACCCCUGACAUGGCCUUCGAGGCCAUUGUAAAGAAGCAGAUUGUGAAACUGAAGGAGCCCUGCAUUAAGUGCAUUGACUUGGUCAUUCAGGAGCUCAUCAACACGGUCCGCCAGUGUGCCAAUAAGUUGGGUACAUUCCCCAUGCUGAGGGAGGAGACUGAGCGAAUUGUCACCUCCCACAUUCGAGAGCGGGAGAGUCGGGCGAAAGAGCAGGUUCUGCUGCUGAUUGAUGUCCAGCUGGCGUACAUCAACACCAACCAUGAGGAUUUCAUUGGCUUUGCCAAUGCCCAACAGCGGAGCAGCCAAGCAAACAAGACAAGUUCUGCAGGAAACCAAGUUAUUCGCAAGGGCUGGUUGACCAUCAACAACAUCAGCAUAAUGAAAGGUGGAGCCAAGGAGUACUGGUUCGUGCUGACGGCAGAAAGUUUGUCCUGGUUCAAGGAUGACGAGGAGAAGGAGAAGAAGUACAUGCUGCCUUUGGACAACCUGAAGGUCAGGGAUGUGGAGAAGGGCUUCAUGUCCAGCAAGCACAUGUUUGCCAUUUUCAACACAGAGCAACGGAAUGUCUUCAAGGACAAUCGCUUCCUGGAACUGGCGUGCAACACCCAGGAGGAGGUGGACAGCUGGAGAGCUUCUCUGCUAAGAGCUGGCGUGUACCCCGAGAAAUCUUCGGUGGAGAGUGAGAGUUCUGGCGCCUCUGAGAAUUUCUCUAUGGACCCCCAGUUGGAGAGGAAGGUGGAGACCAUUCGUAACCUGGUGGAGUCCUACAUGGCCAUUGUCAACAAGUGCAUCCGCGACCUGAUGCCCAAGACCAUCAUGCACCUGAUGAUCAUUAAUGUGAAGGACUUCAUCAACGCUGAGCUGCUGGCGCAGCUAUACUCCGCCGGCGACCAGAACGCGCUGAUGGAUGAGUCCCAGGAGCAGGUGCAGCGCCGCGAAGAAGUGCUGCGUACACACCACGCCCUGAAGGAGGCGCUAGCCAUCAUUGGGGACAUCUCCACCUCCACCAUCACCACUCCUCUGCCCCCGCCCGUGGACAGCUCCUGGCUGCAGACUGGCCAGGGGGGCGGGCGCAGGUCUCCUCCGCCCAGCCCCACUGCUCCACGCCGGAUGUCUGCAGGGCAGAGGCCUGCUGGUCGAGGGGCCCCUCCGCCUCCAUCACGCCCGGGGCCUCUGGGACCCUUCAACAGCAGCGGCGACAGCCCCCAGGUGCCCAACCGCCCCAACCGGGCUCCCCCUAGUGUUCCCAGGCACCCUCUUCAACAUGGCCAUUGCUCGGAGCAGGACAAACCCAGACCACAGAACAAGACAACACCGGACAUCACUAAGCAGCAGGAAGAGGCCAAGCAGGACAGCAGGGAUGACGAGACGGUCUCCUUGGAGCUACCUGCCCUUCAUACUAGUGUACACAGCUCACAGAUGGACAUGGGUCCAGUAGAGGAGCAACAAGCUCUGGAAAAUGGACUGCAAGAGAAAGGUGAAAAGGUGGAGAGGACCACAGCAGAGGUGGAGUUGACUCCAGAGACAGGGGUUCCUGAGCCUGACCCAGACCAGGCUGUUCCAGAGUCUUCCAUUCCCCAAGAGCAGAACAUCCGAUCUCGGAUCACAGACCUCCCAUUUGUCCCUGAUGUGCCUGGAACUGCUAGCCAGUCCUCACCUGUCUCUGACAUCCUGUCCUCCGGGGCCACUGCCUUAUCUGGGCUGGUCCCCUGUGGUGAUGCUGAUGACUCCUGCACCUCUGCUUCCAUCAACACUGUUUCUUCCACGGCUGCCUGUGAUGCAGCCGAAAGCCCUCCAUAUGACACAAUCCUCGCCAGUGGUCUUCCCAUGGUUUUGGAGAAUGUCAGCACUCCUGGAGCAGAGAAGGGUACGAAGGGCAUUUUAGACCGAGCAAACCAAGGAACCAAUGCUUCCAGCAGGUUGGAAGUACAGGAUGUUCACACCACUAUGGAAUCAGAUCCGUCUGUUCCCAGCAAAGACCCGGAAGACAUUCCUACUUUUGAUGAGUGGAAGAAGAUAAUGAUGGAGGUAGAGAAUGAAAAAAGUCAAACUACACACACUUCCUGUAAUGGUGGUUCCAGCACUGUUAAGAAAGUACAGAAGACUACAAACUAUGCCUCUGUGGAAUGUGGAGCCAAAAUCCUGUGUUCUAAUCCUGAGGCAAAGAGCACCUCGGCCAUCCUAAUGGAGAACAUGGAUAUGUAUAUGUUGAACCCCUGCAGCAAUAAGAUAUGGUUUGUCAUUGAACUCUGUCAGCCCAUUCAGGUGAAACAGCUGGACAUUGCCAAUUUUGAGCUCUUCUCCUCGACUCCCAAAGACUUCCUGGUCUCAAUCAGUGACAGAUAUCCAACCAGCAAAUGGGCCAAGCUUGGGACGUUUCAUGCCCGUGAUGAGCGCACAGUUCAGAGCUUUCCCCUGGAUGAGCACCUAUAUGCAAAAUACGUCAAGAUGUUCACCAAGUACAUUAAGGUGGAGCUGCUAUCACACUUCGGGUCAGAGCACUUCUGUCCCCUCAGCCUCAUCAGGGUUUUUGGCACAAGUAUGAUGGAGGAGUAUGAACUUAACUCAGAGCCAUCGGAGAGACUCCCUUUCCAGGAUGACGACUAUGAUGACCCACCUAGAUAUGCACAUUCAGAUGACAAAACUUCAAAAAAUCUAAUCGGGUCUGCCAAAGAUGCUAUUCUAAAUAUGGUGAACAACAUUGCUUCCAAUGUAUUGGGUGGAAAUCCAGAAGAUGGGAUUGGAGGCAAUUAUUCCUCUCUAGAUCUAAAUUUGACAGAAACAUCAGGAACACCGGCAACCCCUACCACCCCCUCUGAUAUUAUGCUAGAGAUGCUGAAGACAGACCAGCAUAAUUUUAAUGAAAUCACAGAGACACUUCCUAUCAUAGAAGACAGAGGAGGUGAGGCCUCGCUCCCAGAGACUCCCUCAGCAGUGCUGCCAGCUGUAGGGUCCCUUGUCCCGGAGUCCCCUGACCAACAGCAGAUUGUCACUUUGCUGCCCAAAGAGGAAGGGGAGGAAUCAGAGGCCUCAGACCAAUCAGAACAGCCCCCUGGCUCCGUGACACAAGAGGAGGAGGAGCAGAGAGUGAAGGCAGAACGGGAUCGGCAGUACUCAGGAGUAUGGGAGAGUGUGAGGUGCCAUGAACUGACUCCUCACCGCUGUUCUUAUGUCCUUUCUCUUCAAGAGCACCUUCUGCAGCAGUGCUUCCCACUGCUGCCUUUCGAGAGGAAAAAGGAGAUGAGGAAGAAUGGACAGCAGUCACAAUCUCAACCCAGCAUGGAUCGGCAGGAAACGCACACACCAGUUCCAGUUGUGGUUUCAUCAUCUAUAACGCAGGAGCUCCACACGGUGGAGGCUUCUUCCCUUCCGGAAGCUUCCACCUCACAGGUAGUGGUUCCACAUUUCCCUGAGAGUGAAAGCAAGCCUGAAGUGGGACUUGUGGAUCUUGCACCGAGUCUAACCUCGACCCUGCUGGAGCCUGCGUCCGCCCACACUUUUGCCUCCAGAGCCACCCAAGCUGUAGACUUCCUAGCCCCUUCAGCCACGGAGCUUUCUGACCAGCAGCUCCCACCACAGGUGCAGAGCAGAGAGAAACCAAGAAAGCUCAAAAACACCUCCGUCCUUACCUCCCACUUAGUAUCAACAUCCGCUCCAGUUUUAGCCACCAGAAUGGAUGAAGCAGGUCAUGACCCCAAGCCCCAGUCUGCACCGGAGAAAUCAAGUGCUGAAAAAGACACCUUAAGAGUGAGUGUGAUGACCGACACCAUGGACCAGGCACCCUUCAGCCCUGUCUCCACCCCCUCAGGUCAGUCCUCUCAACCAGCUAUGACCAGGACUGCAGCUGCCGCUGGGACAUUUACUCCUAUGCCCAUAACAGCACCCGUGGAUGGGAUGGCGGUUGGAGCUGAGCCCAGAGGUGAGGAGCUCCUGGAGGACAUGACUCUCGGGGGCCAUGCUGCAAAUGGUCAGCCAAGCCAGCCAUCCCCCACUGAGUUCUAUGCUGAAAUGCUCAGCACUACGGACGCGCCAGUCCCUGGCUCCAACCAGAAGGAGUCUGUCUUCAUGAGACUCAACAACCGCAUCAAGGCCCUGGAGAUGAACAUGUCUCUCAGUGGCCGAUACCUAGAACAGCUCAGUCAGAGGUAUCGAAGGCAGAUGGAGGAGAUGCAGAAGGCUUUCAACAAAACCAUUAUUAAACUCCAGAACACGUCAAGGAUGGCAGAAGAACAGGACCAGAAACAGACCGAGUCUAUCCAGGUCCUGCAGGGGCAGCUGGAGAACGUGACUCAGCUUCUUCUGAAUCUGUCUGCGCGAGUGAGCCAGCUACAGACAGAGGUCUCUGAUAGACACAGCUACCUGCUGCUCUGUCUCAUCCUCUGCUUGCUGCUCGGCCUGGUGGUCUGCACCAAUUUCUGUUGCGUGUCAACUGAGAGGCCAUCGACAGAGCAUGAUGUGUCCCUGACACAGACCUACAGCUACUGCUGCCCUGAGCGAGCUUCCCCUGGUUAUGAAGAUGUGAGUCCAAAGAGGAGGGCAUCCUUUCCCCUUACACAGUCAUCAGGGCAGAUUCUACCUACUGAAGGUCCACAUGAAGCUUGCAAUGUAGUAACUGGAAAUAAAAAGAAGAAACGUUGUAAAAUGAAAUCCAGAGGGAUACCAGAGACGAUAACUCCCACUCUCCUCUCUGUCCCCAAUGGGGCACUGCCAUGUAAUGGCUGCCCUCCCCAAGGCUUGGACUUAAAACCGUCCUCGGCUUGUGUCCUGGGCCCCCUUCCCUUCUCCCUCGGGGACCCUCCAUCUGAGGGCAGCUCCGAAGCCUCGUCCCAGUCGGACGAGCCUUCCUUCUGCGGCAUCACUCCGUGCAGCCGCCUGUGCGAUGGUCUCCCGCCCCUGAAGAGCCACUCAGAGCAGAGGUCCUAUAAGCGACGGCGCUCCAAGACCGGAGGCCCCGUUGCCGAGCAACUACUCCAGUCGGUACAAUGUAACGGCCCGCCGGUAGGGCCUGGACCCUCACUCGAUGGCUUUAACAGGGCAAGAACGGAAUGGAGUGCAGGCAGGGUUGGAAAAUCUGACCUCUCCAGGCUGUCUUGAGAAAACCGUCUGGACUGAAACUUCCUAACACUGCUGUUCUAUGUAGCGACCACUGAUUGGUGGCUAGUAGCUUCAUAGCCUAUUUUUGGAUGUGAUAGCAAUCUGGAGUCUAGCAAUUCUUAUGGGUUUAAGUGCCACUAUAAUGUUGCAUUUAUCCUGUGGAUGUGUGAACACUGACCAUGAUUGUGGGAAGCCAGGACAAGGUCGUGGGCUUCGAGAAAAUAAUCUGCUCUCAUACUGGAGUUCAGUUGAAGCUGAAAGCGUGGCUGGAUGAUGAUUAACAAUCGUCUCCAUGCACUGCAUCUUUUAUCAUAAAAUCAUAACUCACUGGUUUUUAUCUGGCAGGGACUGGAGUAAUGUGCUUUACUCAGUGAUAUUUGGACAAAAGUUGUUUGAGCAGUUUUGAUAAAAUAAAAAAAUCAUAUCCUGAGCUUUAA